AUGCAGGAUGGUAUUGACUGUGGAGUUGCUCAGUGGGUUGAUGCGCCAUGGCCUUCUAUUCUGCAAAGAUGUUUGGAGAAGAUAUGGGAGAUGUUUCAUGAGGAGAACCAUGACAGAAUGAUUGACCAUGAGAAGUAUAAGAAAGAGUUGGAGAAGGUGAACAAGCAGUUGGAUACACUUGGGGAUCAGUACAGUCAGCAGGUUGAGGAUGUCACCAAGAUGUUUGAUUGGGCAGAUCAGAACAACAGGGUCAUGAGUGAUGAAGAGUUCAAGCAGAAGCAGAUGGAUGUGGGCAAGGACAUGGAGAAGCUAGCUAUCACCAAGGAGAAGGAGAGUGAUGCCAUUGGCAAGAUGAAGGAGAUGGAGAAGCUGGCUCAGGAGCACAAGGAGAUGAAGUGCAUUCUUAGAUCUCAGGGAGAGAUCAUUAGGAACACCAGGAAGGAGAGGGAUGACUUCAAGGAAGAGAGGGACUGGCUGAUAGAGGAGAAGAAGAAGCUGGAGUUUCUGGUGGGUGAUCUUAUGAAAGCUGGUCAUGGCACCAAGGACAAGCUUGCCAAGAUCAAGUCAAUCCUUGAUGAGUGA